GCACCUUCCUGUUUCUGGAAAUGGAUCGGUGUUUGCUAUUUCUUCUGCUCCUGCUGAUGGGUAGAAAUGGAUUGUGUCAGAAUGAUGAAGUUUGCACAAAGUCUGUGAUCAACUCCUGUGAUGACUGUAUCAGAUCUGGGCCAUAUUGUGUGUGGUGUGAACAACUGAAUUUCACCAAAGCGGGUGAGCAGGAGGCAGCACGCUGUGACACCCAAGCUCAGCUGAUAAAGAGAGGCUGCAGGAGGGAAGAAAUCAUCUCUCCUCAGAACAAACAAAAAAUUGACAAAAAUGAUCCUCUGUCCAGUUCAUUCAAAACGCAGGAGCCUGUCCAGCUGAGUCCACAGAAAAUCAGCUUGAAUCUGCGACCUGGGCUUCCUACCACUUUCACUGUUUCUUUUAAAAGAAUUGAGGGUUAUCCAGUUGAUCUCUACUACCUGAUGGACCUGUCUUACUCCAUGAAAGAUGACUUGGAAAAAGUCAAAGGACUAGGGCAAGCUCUUUUUGCAGCCCUAAAAAGUAUCACUGAACACGGUCAAAUAGGGUUUGGCGCCUUUGUUGAUAAGACAGUCCUUAACACCAACAAGAAGAAACUGCUAAAGCCAUGUGAUGAGAAUGACCAACAGUGUGAGGCUGCCUUUGGCUACAGACAUGUGCUCAAUAUGACAUCACAGGAGCAGGAGUUCAACAAGAAAGUGAAAGAGCAGUUCAUUUCAGGGAACUUGGACCCUCCUGAAGGAAGUCUCGAUGCCAUGAUGCAGGCUGCUGUAUGUGCGGGCAAAAUAGGUUGGCGGAAGAGCAGCACUCGGCUAAUUGUGCUGACCACCGACGAUGGAUUCCACAUGGCUGGGGAUGGAAAACUGGCUGGCAUACUGGAGCCCAAUGAUGAACAAUGCCACAUUGAAAACAACCUUUAUGCCAAGAGCAGUGAGAUGGACUACCCGUCUGUUGGGCAACUAGCAGUGCAACUGGAAAAAAACAAUAUUCAGCCAAUAUUUGCAGUGACAAAAAAUGUGGAAAAUGUGUACAAGCAACUCUCCAAAAUGAUUCCUAAAUCAGAGGUGGGAGUUCUGUCGUCAGAUUCUAGCAACGUUGUUCAGUUGAUUAAAGAUGCAUACAAUAGGCUGUCUUCCAAAGUAACCUUAACACAUGACAAUCUCCCAGACAAUGUAAGAGUUGUCUACACACCCAUCUGUGAUCAUGCAGUACCAGCAGGGGACAGUGAAGGGGUUUGCGACAACGUCCGUGUGGGGCAGGAGAUUUCUUUUAACGUCACCGUGACAGCAGACUCAUGUAUGGAGAACAAAUCUUUCAUUAUCAGACCACUGGGAAUUAAAGAUACGCUGACAGUGGCCUUGUCUACAAAUUGUGUGUGUCAGUGUCAAGAUCCCAGUAAUAUCAACCACCCACACUGUAAAAAAAAGGGAACCAUCACCUGUGGUAUUUGCAGAUGCCAUGAAGGCUUCAUCGGUCAGUUCUGCCAGUGCUCCAUUGGUGAUAAAGACGAGCGCUCGCUGCGAGCGUCCUGUCAGAGGCAGAAUGGCACUGUGUGUGAGGGUCGAGGGGACUGUGUGUGUGGCAGGUGUCAGUGCUAUAACACAGAGGGUGGAAGCAGUUACCACGGCGACUUCUGCGAGUGUGACGAUGAACACUGUGAGAAGUUCCAGAAUAAACUGUGUGGAGGAAAUGGUAAGUGCAACUGUGGCAGAUGCGAAUGCAAUGCAGGCUACGAGGGCUCAGCCUGUCAGUGCAAGGUGUCUGAGGAGGAGUGUCGUACCGCUAACAGCACUGUGUGCUACGGCAGAGGGACCUGCAAGUGUAACCGCUGUGAGUGUAAAGAUGGAUACCAGCGACCGAAAUGCAAGGAAUGCCUUGGCUGCCCUGACCCAUGCCAGACCAAAUUGAACUGCAUUGAAUGCCUUGGCUUCGACUCAGGUCCUUUUAAAAAAAACUGCAGUGAAACUUGCAGCAAGAGCAUUUAUCAUGGCCUAGUAGAGCAGCUCACCAUAUCAAGCAAGCAGUGUCACCAGAAGGACUCUGAAGGCUGCUGGAUCACAUUUAUGCUGGACCAGCUGGUCGGAGAGGACAACUACAAGGCUGAAAUUCUGAAACAGAGAGACUGUCCAGAACCUCCCAGUGUUGUAGCUAUCAUCGGAGGCUCCAUAGCGUCCGUGGCGCUCAUCGGCAUCCUGCUGCUGAUGCUCAUCAAAUUACUCUUAUACAUGAAGGAUCUAAAAGAGUUCCGGAAAUUUGAAAAUGAAAAGAAGAAGUCUAAAUGGGCAGAGGCCGACAACCCACUGUUCCAGAAUGCCACCACCACUGUGGCCAACCCCACCUUCACUGGCGAGUGAGGGCCACCACUGCGACACAGCGGUCCUGCUGCAGACCCACCUUACACCUUAUGGCUGCUUCUAAGCAGAUAAGAAAUUGUAAUGCUAAUGCAAUGUUAACCAGUGCAAAUUUCCAAAUGUCCAUAUUCACAAAGUUGUUUACCAAUAUUAGUGGUAAUUUUCCUGCUUUCUUACUGAGGAGUAACUCAUUUACUGUCUUAUCUACUAAUUGUUUUCUCCAAAACAUAUGCACAUUUUUGCUCAUUGCUUGUAAUACUUGAAUAUGAGAUAUACGGUCAAGUAGUACAGUUUAUAAGAUAUACUUUGUUUAUACUCUGCCUAUCCAGUACAUUCUGUACCAUUACACAUCAUAUGAUGUGGUUCAUACUACUGAUUUCUAACAUGACACCUUGUAAAUGUUUGUCUGUAAAACCACGCGAGUUGAAGGUAAUAUGAAUAAACAAAGAUGGAAAAAGUGACAAGAACGUCUUG